CGGAGUAGUGGAGUUUGUUGCGCUGCUGGAGGCGGACAUGGCGGGCGUCGCUGAUGCCGCCGCUCCCGGCAGCAGCGGGGACGGGAGGCGAGGCGGCGCCCCGGAGCAGCAGCAGCAGGACGCGGGAAGGGGGGAGCAGAAAAGCAGCUGUUCGAGCGGUGAGUCCUGGCCGCCUGCAGGCGGCUCCGGGCAGCCGCCGCAGCGAACCGAAACCCUGGGCUUCUACGAGAGCGACCGGGAGCGGAAAAAAAAGCGAAGCGUCUCAGACCUUUCACUGCUGAGGUUCAUCAGUGCUGAACUAACAAGAGGUUACUUCCUUGAACAUAAUGAAGCAAAAUACACAGAACGGCGAGAGAGAGUAUACACAUGUAUGCGAAUACCAAGAGAAUUGGAAAAGUUGAUGUUUUUUGGAAUCUUUUUGUGCCUGGAUGCUUUUCUCUAUGUGUUCACCCUGCUUCCUUUGCGAAUUUUUCUGGCAUUGUUCCGGUUCAUCACUCUGCCUUGCUAUGGCUUACGCUCUCAUCAGGGCCUAGGAAUCAGCGAUAGACGUUUGCUACAACCUGCUCAGGUAUGUGACAUUUUCAAAGGAGUUAUAUUGGUCAUCUGCUACUUCAUGAUGCACUAUGUUGACUACUCUAUGAUGUACCAUCUGAUAAGAGGACAGUCUGUCAUAAAACUCUACAUCAUCUACAACAUGCUGGAGGUGGCCGAUCGCCUGUUUUCCUCUUUUGGGCAAGAUAUUUUGGAUGCCCUUUAUUGGACAGCUACUGAACCUAAGGAGAGAAAAAGAGCUCAUAUAGGUGUGAUUCCUCACUUUUUCAUGGCAGUGCUGUAUGUCUUCUUGCAUGCUAUUCUUAUAAUGGUCCAAGCAACAACACUUAAUGUAGCCUUCAACUCCCACAACAAGUCACUGCUUACCAUCAUGAUGUCUAAUAAUUUCGUUGAAAUAAAAGGAAGUGUUUUCAAGAAAUUUGAGAAGAACAAUCUUUUUCAAAUGUCAAACAGUGAUAUAAAGGAGAGAUUCACCAACUAUGUGCUAUUAUUGAUAGUAUGUCUAAGAAAUAUGGAGCAGUUCUCAUGGAAUCCAGAUCACCUUUGGGUGUUGUUUCCAGAUGUUUGCAUGGUCAUUGCAUCAGAAAUUGCAGUGGAUAUUGUGAAACAUGCAUUUAUAACAAAAUUCAAUGACAUUACAGCAGAUGUCUACAGUGAGUACAGAGCCAGCCUGGCAUUUGACCUUGUUAGCAGUCGACAGAAAAAUGCAUACACAGAUUACAGCGAUUCUGUUUCCAGGAGAAUGGGUUUUAUUCCUCUCCCAUUGGCUGUUUUACUCAUCAGAGUCGUAACAAGCUCAAUAAAAGUACAAGGAGUCUUGGCUUAUGCCUGUGUUGUGCUCUUCUAUUGUGGGUUAAUUUCACUAAAAGUACUUAACAGCAUUGUGUUGUUGGGCAAAUCAUGCCAAUAUGUAAAGGAGGCAAAAAUGGAAGAGAAGUUGUUCGAUCCUCCCCCUACUAGCACCCCAGGCAAACCACUCAGCAAACCCCAAAGCAAAUUUAAAUCUCCUCAAGGAAUUCCCACAGACGAAAGUUUCUCUGCAUCAGUUACCAAUCAGCCUGUGCAUCAGAAGGAAAAUCCUCCAUCUUUACUUGUGACAAGCAACUCUGAUCAAUUCCUGACGACUCCUGAUGGAGAAGAUAAAGAUAUAAGCCAAGACAAUUCAGAAUUAAAACACAGAUCUUCAAAGAAAGAUUUGUUGGAGAUAGACAGGUUUACUAUUUGUGGAAACAGAAUUGACUAAGUUUUCUGAAUAGAUGUGCUUAGGAUACUGAGCUAUUGGGACAGCAAAUGCUACCAGAAUGGACAGUUGCCAAAAAAAAGGCACUUAAAUAUUUAUUUAAAAACUUAAAUUAUUAAUGGCAAACAAAUAUUAAUUUUUACAAGUAACUAGGCUUGGUAGCUGGUCAGAUCAAGUAACAGAAAUCUUUAACUUGGCUCUUUGGAAAAUAUAAUGGAUUGUGAGAGUCUCUUGUCUAUUUGGCAGAGCUACAGUAUCGCUGCCUUGGAAAUAGACUGAAAAAAUCAAAAUCCUGUUCUGCUUUUUGAAACCAUGCUUCCAGAACAUAUCAUUUUUCAUCAAGGUCUCUCCAGUACAUGGAUAUACCUGGGAAUAUGUGACAACUUUAAUAGGAAGCUCAUCUUUCCAGUCUCAUGUUGUUUUCAUAAACAGCUGCAGAUUUCAAAACUUGUACUUAUCAGCGAAUACAUAAAAAAGCACUGGUAGAUUAAACAGUAAGUCAAGGUAAUUAUUCUUGUCACCAGAAAAAUCUUUGAAGAUGUAUCAGAACUGAUCAGAAUAAAAUACUACAGUAUCUUAAAUGAAAGACCCACUGCAUAGUAUUUUAUCUAAAAUCUAAACCAGCGAGGGAAAUGGAUCACACAUACAAAGAAAUACAGUGAAGGUUCCGCGUAACUGGGCAAACUCAGCUUCAUCAUUAUUCUGUUCAACUACAAUGUGUUCUGCAAGGCAAACUAUAUGCAUUUAUAAAUUCUAUAUGAAAGGCUUUUUUUAAAAAAAGCUGUGGCUUGUUUUUUUGCAAUGGGAAGCAUUUGUUACAAAGUGACACUUCUUUAUAUUGAGAAAGGUAGAGUGAACUGCAGCCAGCAACACCAGUGUUGCAUUAAAUCCAGAUAUUUCCAAUGCAAUGGAAGAAAUAAUUACUCACUACAUUUUGGUUUAAACAAGUUGAUAAAAAUGGCAUCUGUAUAUUAACUUAGCUGGAAAAAUUGCCCAUAGAAUAGUUAUACAGAAAAUCAGAAGUGUCCAUUUUAAUUGAUGGAUUUUAAGCAAACUUAAGUAGAUAUGAAUAGCUAUAUUAUGAAACGCUUGGUUUUAUGAAGUGUAAUGCAUCUUAAUUUCUGGUGUGUGUGGCAAGGUUGGGGGAAUUGAUGAAAGGCAUGUUGAAUCCCUCAAGAAUGAACUGCAUUUCAGCUCAAUAACUAGGCUAGAGAACUGAAUCAAAAGACAAUCUUUCAUCCAGUGAUGAAUCCUACAUUUGCUGUUAAAAUGUAACAUUAACCUCUAUUUUCAAAAACCUUUCAAAAGAUUUAAGUUGAUGUCUGCUAAGUUAUUUCCCUUGGGAUUUUUUUGUUUUUUUGAUAUGAUACAGGUUAUUUCAGUGAUGAACAAACCACAGGAUUUCUUUUAUUAACUAAUUUGUAAUCCAUUGGAGUUGAAAAGCCAAAGUUUAAUGUUUGAUUUAUGAAUAUGAAAUGUGGAAGAAUACAUGCUAAUUCCUAAAAUCUGCAAAGUUGUAUUAAUAUGACAGAACAGAGAAAUGUACAGAAAUAAUGUUAUGAAACAGAUCAGAAUGUGAAGUUGUCAUGAAAAAUGGCUUUACCAUACAAGUCAACAUCAUCUGCUCUAAAAGGAGCCUCUUGCUGCCCCUUCUCCUCCUCCACCAACAGCAGUUGCAGUAGUGUCCAGAAUCAAUUGAAAUAGUUGGGGGUGAGGGGGAGAGGAGAGUCUAAAAUGCUUCUAUUUUGGGUGUAUUUUAUGCUCAUUGAGAAAUUUACACAUUCAAAUUCAAUUCAGAUCAUCUGUGAAUUUUUCAGUUAUUUAGCAGUUGGCAAAGGAAGCUUAGAAUGAUUUUCAUCUGUUAAAUGACAUUCUGUACCAAUUUUAUAAGUGCAUCUUGUGUGAAACUCAAUAAAAUUCAAUUUCGUAAUCUUUGUUUUAAAAAAGGAAAAGAAUGGACUGGAUUUCUUUGCAACAGUUGUCAAUUUUGAAUACUGCAGUGUGACUUCUGCAUAUUCUGGUUUCACAGUGAAGAACUUAUUUUUUGCAAGCACAGGAAAAGCAGCCUACUUUAGACCUGGUUUUAAUACUGGUUUUGUUCUUGUGUGUUCAUCACUAUGUCAAACCCACAGGAGGUACUAAUGUCAGCCUACUGUUAAUCUGAAUGCUAAUUGUUUAGAGACAGAAUCAAAUUGAAAUCCAGUCCAUUUUUUUUUAAAGUAGGGUAUUUUUGUUUCAAUCGCCCCUGUAUCAUCCUGUUAAUUUUUGUGGUUUUACAGCCUGUGUUCCUAUUCUUAGUGUCUUUCUUCCCAUAGUGUAAGAAAGACCUACACAAACAAGGGGAACUGACUAUACAAAGUAUUGUCAAAUGCAAAAGUUUAAAAAAAAAAAAAAAAAAAGCCCAACUCUUCGUGAUAGAAAAGUUAGUUGCAGUAAUAGCAGAUUUUUUUUAAAAAAACUUCCUAUAGAAAUGUGAUUUGUAAAUAUGUGACUAUUUAAAAUGCAACCUAUUAAAUAUACUGUAUUUCCAUUUA